AUGGCAAACCUACCGCCCGAAAUAUGGAAAGAGAUUGUAGAUUCGUUCUCUGACAACCACAGCUUACGUUCCUUACUAUUAGUCAACAAAAGCUUUAGCUCUCUCGCCGUAAGAAAGCUGUAUGUAAGAGUCGUCAUUGGCUCAUCAGCACAAUUCAACAAGUUUGCUGACACGAUCGCAGCUCUGAACAACAAGGGCUACUACGACUAUACGACGUUUGUACGUGCCAUAACCAUUAACACCUUUAAACGAGAAGCUAGCUUUCCCUGGUUCCGUCUUCCGAGUAUCUUUGCUCUCUGCGAGAACGUCGAUGGACUUCUCAUAGGUCCUACAGAACAGUAUGCCGAUAGACAAACUGUUUCCGUGCUCGAAGACAUGCCUUCGGUGACAUUGGUGACGCGCUGUCUGGCCAUAAUCAUCGAAAUGCUUGCAUCGCGCUCGAUUCGACGGCUGUGUCUACGAUCAUUGAGAUUCUUGGCCGAAUUUCAACGCAACGGCGUACACUUUUCGGCAGCCCUUGGAAAGUUGCGCGAUCUUCAGAGUUUGGAACUCUGGCACGAAAGUGGACGACCAUUAGGAGACGGAGGUAAGAAGUGUAUAGUGCAGCUUGUGCAAAUGAACGAUCUCAAAGAACUUCAUCUGGAUACUUUUGUCACGGAUGAAUUGGAACUGGACAAUGCCUUGACCAUUUUCGAAAAUUCACCCAAUCUCGAGUCGCUGACUUGGUGGGGUACGCACUUUAAUAAAGAUGAUGAGGAUUAUUUGUAUCGUACUAUAUUUAAAGAAUGUACAAAGUUGCAUAAGCUUAUUGUGGAAGUAUCUGGAUUUCAAGAAGGUGAUGACUUUCUCCGUCUCUCGAGACACAGUCAGGGAUUGGAAGAACUCACGACCUGGUGCGAUAUUGGCAUUGGCGCUCUACCACUUUCCACUUUUAUGACAUUUAUAAUUAGAAAUGCUUCUACUUUGAAGCAUGUUAAUGCUUUGAUCUCUCUUGCUGGUCCGCCGGUUAAUCGACGUGUUCGUAAUAAUAAUUCUAAUCGUAAUACCUUUGAGCGCGAUCGCUCUUUGAGAUUUUCCAAGAGACGAACAGAGAAUGGAAUAUUAAUUAUGACACUUCUGUCUCUUUAUCUCAUACUCGAUUUUCACUUGUGCUGA